GGCACACAUAUUGAUUCUCAUGGUUCAGGAUGGGCUUUCCCAGAUUAAGCCCAUCAUUCAAGACAUACGUGACUGUAUUUUGUAUGUCAAGCAAUAAGAGACUAGAGCAAUUAUGUUUGUAGAGAUUGUUCAAAUGUUUCAGUUGCCCAAACGGAAACUCAUACUUGAUUGCAAAACGAGGUGGAAUUCUACUUAUCAGAUGUUGAAACUUGCAAUUGAUUAUAGAGAUGUGUUUCCAAUGUUAGUUCAGUUGGAUAAUAACUUUACCUUUGCCCCAAGAGAUGAAGAUUGGGAAAACCUAAAGAAAGUGUGUGAGAUUUUGGAAGCAUUCAACUCGGCAACUAAUGUCAUAUCGGGGAGUGAGUACCCCACUUCUAACUUAUUUUUGCAAGAAAUUGUUGACAUAAAAGAGUUGCUAGAUGAAAAGUGUUCUGAUGAUGAUGAUUUCAUUCGGUCAAUGGUGGGAAAGAUGAAAGAAAAGUUUGACAAGUAUUGGGGGGAAUGCAAUUUCGUAAUGGCAAUUGCAGCUGUAUUGGAUCCGAGGAUGAAAAUGAGGAUGUUGGAAUUUGCCUACCCACAAAUGUAUCCUAAUGAAGAAGCACAAGCCAAAAUGGAUGAAGUGCAAGCUGCCUUGUAUGAGAUUUAUGAGGAAUAUGCAGCAGAAACUCAAUCUGCCAAUAGUGAACCACCUGUGCAAAUCAGUCAAGUUCAACGGGACAAUGUACAAUGCCCUAAACGUUCUAGUUCACGGUUCUGUCAAUUUGUUAGGACAACUGAAACGAUGCAACAUGAGAAAUCUGAGUUAGAUCGUUAUUUAGAGGAGAAAUGUUUGUUAUGGGACGAGGAUGAUACCUCAUUUGAUGCGUUACAGUGGUGGAAGGUAAAUCAAACGAACUAUCGCAUUCUAUCUAAGAUGGCUCGUGAAAUACUUGCUAUUCCAAUCACCACGGUCGCUUCAGAGGCAACUUUCAGUGCAGGGAGUCGAGUUAUUGACACUUAUCGAUCAUCGUUGUCUCCCGAUACCGUGCAAAUGCUACUCUGUGGUGGUGAUUGGUGUCUCAAUCUCUAUGGAGUCAAGAAAAGUUACAAAAAACAGAAGACAAAUAGGGAGUUUUAGCUUCCGAUCCUAUCAAGUUUUGGUGGAAUCUUGACAGCAUUAUGGUGGCAAGUUCAAGCGUGGAAAGCUGGGGAAAUUCGAGCAUGGAGGCAAAUUCAAAUGUAUCUUAAAAGACUUUGUUUGUGAGCAUUUUGAUGAAUUGUUAUGUAUAAUUGUAUCCCUGAUUUUCACAUCUACUGGGAAUAUU